AUGCGAGCUCCUCGUCUUACUCUAGGCCUUCUGGCCUUAGCCACCGCUGCUUCUGCAGCUCUUAUCCCGCUUAGUCCGAACGAGAUCCGGGCUGAUGAGGAGAACUUUACCGAGAUCACGCCCGGAGAUUUCGAAUCUCUAGUGAUCACAGAAGAGAACACCCUCAACGGUACUUACCAGGGAGAAGAACUCGUGGUUCCACCCUCAGACAACAAUGACCAGAGCCAGAUCCGUAUCUCUGCCGCUGCCGCCGCACAACUUCCCCUUGAGUUCGUCAACAAUCUCGGCGCCGCUGUGAAUGCAUAUGUCACGGGCCUCGACAGCAGCAACCGCGUCGUCUUCGUGCGUAGUGAUGGAUCUCUCUUCUACCCCAGUACUACGUCCUCGACCCCCGUCCAGAUCGACCAGAACAAGAUCAAAAUCCCGGUCAAGGCCGGUGAGCGUAUCAACAUGAAGGUUCUCAAGGCCCUACGCUCCGGCCGCGUGUAUUUCUCCGCCGGUGCUCUCAAGUUCGGCGUUGUCCGCGUUCCCAGCGGUGCUGGACUCGUUCAGCCUGACGAGAAGAACCCUACCGACCCCAGCGCCGGAGUCAACUGGGGUUUUGUCGAGCUGACCCUCAACGCCGACGGGAGUGCCUGGGUUAACCUUAGCUACGUCGAUUUUGUCGGCCUUCCUCUUGGCAUUGAACUUGGCAAACAGGGCGGUGGCAAGCUUUCCGCCUAUGGUGUCGGUCCAAAUGUCGUUAAAAACGCGUGUGCCAAGCUCAAGGAACAGGCACAGAAAGAUGGACGUCCCUGGGGUGGCUUGUGUCAGGCUGGCUCGAACGGCCCUAUCCGUAUCUUGUCCCCAAAUAGCUUCAGAGUGAAUAAGCCGACUGCUUUUGGCAACUACUACCAAGACUAUAUCAACAAGGUCUGGACCAAGUAUACCGGGGAAUCUCUGACUGUUGCCACUCAGAUGAGCGCUGGCAAGGUCAAAUGCCGCGUGAGCAGCAACGUCAUGAAGUGCGAUGGUUCCAACCGUAACUUUGCUAAGCCCACGAUCAACGAUAUCUGGAGUUGCGACAAUGGUCCCUUCAAGCUGAAUGCGGGAGACAACAAGGUCGCUGAGGCCAUCAUUCCUCGUCUCUGUGCAGCCUUCCACCGUUCUACGUUCCUUCUUAACGGCGGUAAUGUGCAGCCGAAUCUGGGCCUGGAUAAAUACUAUACCGUCAGCCCAACCAACCACUACAGCCGCAUUGUUCAUGCCCAUCAGUCAGACGGGAAGGGAUACACUUUUCCUUAUGAUGAUGUUCUUCCGACUGGUGGCAAGGACGCAUCUGGCCUUCUCACGACCCCCAAGCCCAGCAAGCUUACUAUCUUCAUUGGCAGGAAAUAA